AACUAUUAAAAGCAAUAAAGAACACUGUGGAUCCGAAACAGAAGAAACUAGCUAGGGGUUGUUGACAGAGUAACCGCAGAACAGAAACCUGCCAUGGGAAACGGUUCAAGUGUUUCUCGGGAACACGAGGAAUGGAGACGACUCACUGAUGCUGCUGCUAAAAGAGAAAAAGAGCUACAAGAAACAAUAAAUAAGCUUCAGGAGUCUGAGAGAGAAAGGCGUUUGCUCAUCGAGAUGUUGACGUCAAAUCUUGAGGAUACCAAGAAGAAGCUAAUUGUCUCUGAUAGUAAGGUUCGCCAAUUGGAAAACCGAUUACAUGAAGAGAGGCUGACCACUGCACACGGAGUAAAGAAAAUUGGAGAACUUGAUCAGGAAAAAAGAAGAUUAAUGAAAGACCUUGAGAGUGAAAAGGCAGCUCGUGAAGAAGCACUCUCCAAAGUUUCUGUUCUUGAGCUUCAGAUAAAUGCUGCAAUGCAAGAUCUUGAUUCAGAGAGGCGGAGGUUAAGAGGUGCCAGGGAAAGGCUAAAGCUUCAACAACAGGAGCAAUUAAAGUCUAUGCAAAGAACUCUUGAAGACGAAGAGAAUGGAGUCGUCAGUGGAGCCUCAGGCAGAGAAAAACAGCUUACUGAGGAACAUAGUAACAAUGAUGUUAAGGCAAGAAUGGCUACUACUGUGCAGAAGCACGAUGACAGAGAUCAAAUUCAAGUUUCAAGCAAUGAAGCAAGUGUCUUUGAGAAACAUGACCCUGAUAAAAAGUGUGAAGAACACCGAAAUAUGAAAGAGGUGGAUCAAGUUCAAACUUCAGCCAAUGAAGCAAGUGUCACUGAGAAGCAUCCUUCUGAUAUUACAAGUGAAGAAUGCCGAAAUGCACAUGAAACAGAUCAAGUUCAAACUUCAACCAACGAAGAUAGUGUCACUGAGAAGCAUCACUCUGAUAUUAGAAGUGAAGAAUCCCAAAAGACACAUGAAACAGAUCAAGUUAAAACUUCAACCAACGAAGCAAGUAGCACUGAGAAGAGUCAUUCUGAUAUUAGAAGUGAAGAAUGCCAAAAUACACAUGAAGAAGACCAAAUUCAAAGUUCAAUCAAUGAAGGACGUGUCACUAGUAAGAAUGAUUCUGAUGUAAGAGGAGAACAACGCCAAAAUACACAUGAGUUCAACUGUGCAGAUCAUGACCAUGAUGUUAGAGGUGGCUUUGGUUCUAAUAGUGACGUUGGCACAGAAACAUCCAUGAUAAAAGGAGAUGCCGGAAGUACCGAGCCAGUUCUCAAAACUGAGAGUUGUAGAGAUCGUAGUGAACAGAAUAUUGAUUUGAACGGAAGUGUCCCACUGGACAUGGACACUAGACAGUUUGAUGAGGGUAUAAAUGCACAAGAAACUGAGGAGCAUGCUCAAAGACCUGAUCACAAAGUUUUACAUUUAUUGCUACCAUGUUCUCCUAUAGAAACUGAUAGACCACUAAUGUUCAACGAUGUUAUGUAG